UGUUUACAUCACUGAGGCGUGGUGGUGAGUAUUGUUUACCUCAUGGUGGUGUGGUGCUGCUGAGUGUUAUUACCUCCUGGCCUUAUAUUACUCCUAGAAGUAUGGCCAGCGACUUAAAAUCAUAUGUUGAGAAGUAUCUCCUGAACCCAGCGGCUUCUUUCAGCGUUGAUGAUGAUGGAAACCAAGAAACAAAGGCUCAGGUGGUGGACGCCUUAGCAGAGGAGGAGCGGGCAGACUCGACUCGACAACCUGUAAGUAAACUGCGAGCAAGAAGUGCUGCCCUUCAAGGUGAGAAGGAUCCUCGCUACAAGGGGAAGAAGGUACUGCGGAAGGACUUAAAUAAGGACGACCAAAUUGAAUUUGAUCCUGAACUUACUAAGUACUUUGCUGUUGAAGCAGAUGAGGACACCGGUGAGGAUGAUGACGAUGAUGAGGAUGAUGAUGAGGAGGAGGAAGAUGAUGAGGAGGAGAAGGAUGAGGAAAGCAGUUUAGAAAAUGAGACUGAUGAUGAGGUUGAAAAUUUAGCAGUAAAACUGAAAAAGGCUAACACAGCCAUUGAAGAGGAUGAUGAAGGCAGUGAGAGUGAGGACGACACAAUAAAGAAAAUCCAUAAACAACUGAAGAAAGAACCAGAAGGUGUUACGUUUGUUGAUGAUGGAGAUUUUAGUAAAUUUGCUGAUGAUAUGGAUGAGGAGGACGAUGAAGGUGAUGAUGAUGAAGAUGAUAAUGAUGAUGAUGAUGAAGGUGAUGAUGAUGAAGAUGAUGAAGGUGAUGAAGAUAUGGAAGAAGAAGCAGAUGGUCAAGAAGAUUCACUCAAGAAGUUCAGCAUUGGAGACCAGUGUGAGGAAGUGAAGAAGGGUCAAGCUGUAAAGAAUCAGCUUGCAAUAUACGACACUCUCUUUGAGGGUCGUAUAGGUCUGCAGAAGGUGGUCACUGGAACCAAUCAGCUGCCUCAAUAUGAUACUUACAAGAAGUUCGUGCAGGAGUGCGACCCACACUACAAUAAGAACCUCAUUACAGCCAAGUCAGCGGCCAAGAAUUUACUGAACAGUCUUCUUAAUGUCCAGGAAUUGUUACUCAGGCAAAAUUCUGAGACAAGUUACAUCAUCACUGGCAAGAAACCUAAACAUUUGGGGACUGACAGUGAUGAGGAAGUAACCAGUAGUGAAGAAGAGGAAGAGAAGGAGGUCUUGCUAAACUCCCGGGGAACCAAACGCAAGAUGAAACUUGAGGAGUACGAUGAGGUCCUGAGCAAGAGACACGCGGCGAUGGUGCCGUUUAGAGACCAAGCUGUAAAUAAAUGGUACGAGAAAACGAAGCUUCUAUCUAGUCGCAACGCUCGUGACAAAUUCAGCGGGUUUCAAGUCUCUGCCUUGCAACAGCUGAAUAACAUCCUGGCAAACAAGCAGCCAUUGAUCCGGCGGACUCAGCUGACGGGAGCCACCAGGGGCAUCACCUACCAUAUCUUAGGUCGAAGUGAUAACACAGUAGGAGAGGUGGACAAAGAAGAAUAUGAUCCAGAAAUAUUUGACGACACCGACUUCUACACAAGGUCCCUGGAGGAGGUGCUGAAGGCCAAAGUGUCACUCUCAGACAACAUGACCGAUGUUUCUCGUAAAUGGAUUGAGAUCCAGAACCUGCGAAAAAAAGCCAAGCGAAAAGUUGACAAGAAAGCAAGCAAGGGAAGAAAAAUCAGAUAUCAGGUGAUGAGUAAACUCCAGCAGUACCUCGCUCCGUGCUACCCACCAUGGAUGGAUGACUCGGCCAUCAACACUCUCUUUGCUUCCCUCUUUGGAAAAUCAGUUCAGGAAGUCAAAGAAGUUGAUGCGCAGUGAAUGUCAUAAUGAAUAAAAGACAUUAGCUCAUACACUUUAACAGAAGUACUGUAUAAAUAUUAUAAUAAAUAUCUAUUGUUAUUGUUUUUUAACAGUUGUCAUCAUUAGCCUUGGUUAGAAAACAGUGCUUCAAUUUUGUAGACUAUAUCGCUUGAAUCUAAGACUAAUCUAAUCUUUUCCCCAGAUUUUAUUGUCUGCCGUAUCACUACACAUUUCUCUUCUCUCUAUUCACCUAAUCCUCUGUUCUUUCCUUAUGUCUUAUUCCAAUUUUCCAUACCUUAAUGUUGGUAAUCUUCCUCUACUUAACACACGCAUUCUACUUUACCUGUAUGACCUUUUCUGCCAUUAUUCUCAUUCAUAAAAUACCUAAGAGAACCAAUCUUAACCCACUGCACCAGCUCCUCACCUCAUACACUUCACAUCUCUCACAAUUUCCUUGUAUUUAACCCCAGAUGCAGUCCUCGGGCAAAUCCCAAAUUUCCCAGCUUUAGUUCAGACAGGAAGGACCAAUACUAUCUAAUAACUACUUGCCUAAACCUGUUCAUAUUCAAGACAUUACAUACCACUGGAAUUAUUACUGAAUGGUAAGUGUAUUGAGUUAUCUAACUUUGAUUUAUAAUCUAAACAUUUGGGGAAGGUUUACACUUUGUCACCAUCAGCCAUAGGUAGAAUAUUCUCCCCUAUAUUGGUGCUAUUUCGUGAUUUAAUAGAUGAAUACCUGUACCGUACUUCAAAAUUUUGAAUUGAUAUUGAAACGGGUAUGCCAAAUAAGAAUGAAUCAUCUUCAUGUCUAGUACUGUAUUGUGUUGCAGGGGAAUAGUGAAUACUGUAUUUUGUAUAAAGGAAUAAUGUGAUGGUAUUAGACAGACAUUGCAUGUACUGUAUGUAUACAGUUCAACAACUAUGUAGACAAUGCUGUUAUACAAUCAGCAUGAAUAAUACAGGUACACAGAAUAUCAUGUGGAACUAUUGUCAUACAGGAGGAAUUAUAUCCCUAUUAGUUGGAUGCUUGUACUAGAGAUGGAGCAGGUGUGUCGGCAGUUUACAUAAUUUGCGCUUUAACGCGUGCUAGGUCAAGCUAGGUGGCGUGGCGGUAGUUAUAAAAUGGCUCCAAACGCCGGCCACCAGUGUGUUGUUUGUGG